AUGGCAGCGCCGACGACGACGAUCGCGGUCGACGAGCUCAACCACAAGGUCCUCGACGAGCAGAUCACGCGCCUGCGCACCAACACGCCGGAAAAGGGCAUGCUCUCGGAGGUCGAGGUCAUCGACCUCUGCAAGAAGGCCAAGGAGAUCCUCGAGAAGGAGUCGAACGUGCACGAGGUGCGCUGCCCCGUGACCAUCUGCGGCGACAUCCAUGGCCAGUUCUACGACCUCAUCGAGCUCUUCCGCAUUGGCGGCCAAUGCCCGGAUACCAACUACCUCUUCAUGGGCGACUAUGUCGACCGCGGCUACUACUCGCUCGAGACCGUGACGCUGCUCGUGGCGCUCAAGGUGCGGUACCCAACGCGCGUGACGAUCCUCCGCGGCAACCACGAGUCGCGCCAGGUCACGCAGGUGUAUGGCUUUUACGACGAGUGUCUCCGCAAGUUUGGCACGGCCGCGGUCUGGCUCACCUUUAUGGACCUCUUUGACUACCUCCCGAUGACCGCACUCGUCGAGAACAAGAUCUUUUGCAUGCACGGCGGCCUCUCGCCGUCGCUCGAGACGCUCGACCACGCCCGCGCCGUCGACCGCUUUCAAGAAGUGCCCCAUGAAGGGCCCAUGUGCGACCUCGUGUGGUCGGACCCGGACGAGCGCGGUGGCUGGGGCAUCUCGGCCCGCGGCGCUGGCUACACGUUUGGCGCCGACAUCACCGAGCAGUUUACUCGCGCCAACGGCCUGAGCUUUGUCGCCCGUGCCCACCAGCUCGUCAUGGAGGGCUACCAGUGGAUGCACCAGCGCGGCGUCGUCACCAUCUUUUCGGCGCCCAACUACUGCUACCGCGUCGGCAACCAAGCCGCGCUCAUGGAAGUCGACGAGAUGUUUGCGCAGACGUCGGGCGAGAAGGUCUACGACGCGUGCAAAUUUAUCCAGUUUGACCCGGCGCCGCGCAACUUUGCGGGCUCGUCCAAGCCGCGCGCGCCCGACUACUUUCUCUAAGUCCUCAUUCUCGUCUCCGUAAUGACGACGACGACGACGACGCUGGCUCCACUUGAGAUGACACUAGAUUAUUAUUCUGUAGCCAAUAUACAUCUUUUGCGAUAGGACAAUAUUACCGGUAUGCUGGG